AUGGCCCACUGUCUCCAGAGACUGGCCUGGGCCAUGGUGGGUGUUCCUCCCAAGCAAGCCCUCGCACCAUCGGCGGCGCUUCCUGAGCGAAAUGUCCCACCCAUCGUCGUCGAGCCGCCGGGCUCCCCCGCUCCGCGACGGUCCGUCACUGCCGAUGAACGCUUCAGGAAAUGCCUCUCCAACGCCUCGACGCUCACCAACACGCCCGCCGGUCCCUCCCCAAUUAUCCGACCCUCCGAGCCCGAAACGCACAAUGCUACGCCUCCCCUCCCUCCGCUGCCCGAACCGACUCCCCCUACUCCCACCACCAGGACCAGGACCAAAGCCCUCGACGUCCUCAUAUCCAACCCAGUCCUCUACCUCUCUAUCCUCGCCAUCCCCAUGAUCGGGCUGCCCAUAGCCGUGACGACAGGCAACACCGCGCCGAUCGACACGAUUGUCCUUUUCCUCCUCUGGACAACCUUCCUCGCCACCCAGCGCAAAUCCCGCUCCACACCAGUCCUCGCGUCCCAACCCCGCUGGCGCACCUUCCUCUCAGCGGCGCUCAACGCCGUCCUCUGGACCGCCCUGGGCAUGAUAGCCUACUGCGCCCUGAAAUCCGCCCUCAGCCACCACCCCUCCGCCUCGCUGAUAGACACCCUCACGUCCCUCUCCACCGGCACAACCCUGUCAGACCUCAUCAUCGGCAGCGGCACCCGUCCCAGCAUGGGCGCAGGCGACGUCGCCGUGUCGAUCCUCGACGCGGGCAUCGUCUCCUGGGGCCUCAAGCUCUUCGAGUGCCGCGCGCAGCUGACUUCCCCCUCGGGCGUCACGACCGUCGUCACCGCCUUGGCCGCCGCGGCGCUCAACGUCGUGUGCGGGCCGCUGCUGGCGCGCGCGCUGGGCCUCCGCCUGCCGGGCUGGUGCCUCGCGUUCGCGGCGCGCAGCGUGACGCUCGCGCUCGCGGGCCCGGCGAUGGGCAGCCUCGGCGGGGACGUGGGCGUCAACGCGGCCAUGGUCGUGUUCAGCGGGAUCGUGUUCCAGGUCGGGCUGGGCCUCGGCGUGGGCGGCUGGCUGCGCGGGGUGUUUGCGGCGACGACGCGAGCGUGGGCGACCGGCCGUGGCAGUGACGGCGGCGGCGGCGGCGGCCGGAAGGACCGGGACGUGGAGAAGGGGGCUGCUGUGCGACUCCCCACUGCUGCCACUGCUGGUGGUGACGACGGCAGGCUGAGGGAUGAUGAACACCAAGAAGAUGAAGAGGAAGAAGAAGAGGAAGAUGCCGACAGUCCGCUGACCGUGGCGACGGGCGUCAUGGUCGGCGUCAACGGCGCGGCGAUGGGCACGGCGCACCUGUAUGACGCGGACAGCCGGGCUGCGCCCUACGCCGCGCUGUCGAUGACUGUCUUUGGGGUCAUGACUGUCGUGAUGACUUCGUCUGACCGCUUGGUGCACUGGCUCGUGGCGCAGGUCGCCUCAUAA